AUGAAUUUAGGACACCAGGAGAUUGCUUUGUUGUUCUUAAAAUGCACACAAAAAGGUUAAUGGAAGAAGUCUGAAAGGUCUAAAAAUACAGUGACUGAUUAUUUUUUUCCUUUUCUUUUCAUCCUGACUAUUGAUAGAGCUUGUUCUCAGCCCCUAAAUGCCUGUUUGCUUUCCCACAUUAUACUGUGUCAUGCCAAUGCACUCAGUUUAAGGCAAUACUACCUCAGGCUAUCCAGCCCAGUACUCUCAGGCAGAACAGUGUUGCUUGUAACAAUCCUGGUAGUGGAAGGCAUUGCUGUUGCUCAGAAGACACAAGGUGGGCAAAAUACUGGAGUGAACCGCAUUCCUCCCACCCAGUGUGACAACUGGGUCAGGACCAGUAAUGGAGGACAUUUUGCUUCACCAAACUACCCAAACAUGUACCCACCCAAUCAAGAGUGCAUCUAUAUCUUAGAAGCUGCUCCACGACAAAGAAUUGAGUUGACCUUUGAUGAACCCUAUUACAUAGAACCCUCAUUUGAAUGUCGGUUUGAUCACCUGGAGGUUCGAGAUGGACCUUUUGGGUUCUCCCCUCUCAUUAAUCGUUACUGUGGUCUGAAAAGUCCUGCACUAAUUAGAUCAACAGGGAGAUUUAUGUGGAUCAAGUUUAUUUCUGAUGAGGAGCUGGAAGGAAAGGGAUUUCAAGCAAAGUACUCAUUUAUACCAGAUCCUGACUUCACUUACCUAGGAGGUAUUCUAAAUCCCAUCCCAGACUGCCAAUUUGAGCUUUCAGGAGCUGAUGGAAUAGUACGUUCCAGUCAAGUAGAACAAGAAGGGAAAACAAAACCAGGACAAGCAGUUGACUGCAUCUGGACAAUUAAAGCCACUCCAAAUGCUAAGAUCUAUAUGCGAUUUCUGGACUAUCAAAUGGAGCAUUCCAAUGAAUGCAAAAGGAACUUUGUUGCUGUGUAUGAUGGGAGCAGUUCCAUUGAAAACCUGAAGGCCAAGUUCUGCAGCACGGUGGCCAAUGAUGUCACUCUGCAGACAGGGACAGGGGUGGUGAGGAUGUGGGCAGAUGAAGGCAGCAGACUGAGCAGGUUCCGAAUGCUCUUCACUUCCUUUGUGGAUCCUCCCUGCUCAGGCAACACUUACUUCUGCCAUAGCAACAUGUGCAUCAAUAAUUCUUUAGUCUGCAAUGGCAUUCAGAACUGUGCAUACCCUUGGGAUGAGAAUCACUGCAGAGAAAAGAAAAAAACUGGAUUGUUUGAACAAAUCACCAAAACCCAUGGGACAAUCAUUGGCAUCACAACAGGGAUAGUUUUAGUUCUUCUUAUCAUUUCAAUUCUAGUGCAAGUAAAGCAACCUCGCAAAAAGGUUAUGGCUUGCAAGACUGCCUUCAAUAAAACUGGUUUCCAGGAAGUUUUUGAUCCUCCUCACUAUGAACUGUUCUCACUAAGGGACAAGGAAAUUUCUGCAGAUUUGGCAGAUUUAUCAGAGGAACUUGAAAACUAUCAGAAACUGCGCCGCCCUUCAACAGCCUCCAGAUGCAUUCACGACCACCACUGUGGCUCCCAGGCCUCCAAUAUCAAACAGAGCAGGACCAACCUGAGCUCCAUGGAACUGCCCUUCCGCAAUGACUUUGCGCAGCCCCAGCCCAUGAAAACAUUUAACAGCACAUUCAAGAAAAGCACUUACACUUUCAAGCAAGCUCACGACUGCCCUGAGCAGGUGAUAGAAGACAGGGUGAUGGAGGAAAUUCCAUGUGAAAUUUAUGUCAGAGGAAGGGAAGAUACAGCACAAGGUUCAUUAUCUAUUGACUUUUAA